AUGAGUGACCGUUUUGACUGUGGCGAGUGCAAGGAGUCCCUGUACGGACGCAAAUACAUCCAAGUGGAGGACGUUCCCCACUGUAUCCCCUGCUAUGACCGCCUGUAUGCCAACACAUGUCAGGAGUGUAAGGAGCUCAUCGCACACAAUGCACGGGUAAGCAUAAACGGUAUGAUCUAGGUGUGUGUGUGAAUGUGUUUAGCAUAUGUUGUGUGUGUGUGAAUGUGUCUACAUGUGGCAAGUGGUUGUUUUCUGUCUACAGUUGUUUGAAUGUGUGGUCACUUCUGAAGUAGAGUGUGUGCGUAUGUGUGCAUUUGUCCUUGUCCAUGUGUUCGAUUAUAAUGGCUUCUAAAGAGCUGGAGUUCUUGGAAAACACAACUUUCCUGCUCUUUUGGCAAAUACCAAGACAUCUGCAAAUCCCCUUUGAGCUGCUCCAGGCAGACAUUAAGGCCUUUUGGUUAGAGUCAAAUGAAAACACAGGGCUGAAGGGAACACCCUUAGACGCCACGGGGCACGGGUGACCUCUGAGUUAUGGACUCUCUCAGAGGGACUGGCAGUAAAUAAAUCUCCUGUUAGCUUUGGCCCUCCUCCUCCUCCUCCUCCUCCUCCUCCACACAGUACUUACCGCACUCAUCCCUCUCUGUCCAAUUCCCCUUUACUAACACUGUGAAAACCCACCAACGGGUCAAAUCAAAUGGAUUAUUAUUGUUUUCACCCCGAACAUAAUGCGAGACAUUAAUCAUGCAAUGUGUGUUAGCCGUGUUUGCUUGCACUACAGUUGAUCUGGAACAUACUGUAAGCGGUGGAUUAUUUAAAACAUCUCUUUGUGGACACUGUUUCAAUAUUUACUCAAAUGGUUUAUAUUGAAGUUAGAGUUAUGCAGUAAAACCUCCUUGUUAACAGAUCUAAUCUAGCUCAUUGUCAUAUAAACAUAAAUGUGAACCAGAGGAGGCUGGUGGGUGGAGAUAUAGAUGGACGGGCUCAUUGUAAUGGCUGGAAUGGAAAGGAAAGGUAUCAAACACAUCAAACCAUUCCAGCUAUUACAAUGAGCCUGUCCUCCGAUAUCUCUGCCCACCAGCUACCACUAAUGUGAAUGGUCUUUCAAUCCGAAUAUUUCGGACUCUGACCUGCCUUGCCUGGGUCCAUCCCUCUUACUCCUCCUCCUCCUCUCCCUCUCCAGGAGCUGUUCUAUGAGGACAGACACUACCACCAACACUGUUUCCGUUGUUUCCGCUGUGACCGCUCCCUGGCGGACGAGCCCUUCACCAGCCAGGAGGAGGCGCUGCUGUGCAAUGAUUGCUAUUGCAAUGAGUUCUCCUCCAAGUGCGUGGCCUGCGACAAGACCGUCAUGCCAGGUACCCAAAGCUGAUACUGUUUCCCUUGAGUAGGGAGAGGUACCCUCAAGCAGAACAUCGAAACUCUCAGAAACGUGCGGGGAUACAUGACAACAUUACAUUUUACAUUUUAGUCAUUUAGCAGAUGUUCUUAUCCAGAGCGACUUACAGUUAGUGAGUGCAUACAUUUUUUCAUACUGGCCCCCCGUGGGAAACAAACCCACAACCCUGGCGUUGCAAGCGCCAUGCUCUACCAACUGAGCCACACGGGGCCAUACAUAACACAACACCAGUGGAGGCUGCUGAGGGGAAUGGAGCAAGUGGAAUGGCAUCAAACCAUGUGUUUGCUGUAUUUGAUACCAUUCCACCUAUUCCGCUCCGUUGCCUCAGUCAGUGUCACUAAAGUGUAGAGGUAGGGGUUCUCACACCCAGGCGUGGACAGCAUAGGCUGUGUCCCAAAUGGCACCCUAUUCCCUGGGUAUAGUGCACUACCUUCAGGGCCCUGGUCAAAAGUAGUGCACUACAUAGGGAAUAGUUUGCCAUUUGGGAUGCAGCCAUGAAAAGGCUAAUGUGUUUUUGUUGUUGAGCAGCUAGGGUGUGACAGUGCUUAGAUGGGACAGUGCUCGCUCGGCUGAAAGUGCCUCUCAGUUGAAUUCUGGCCCCAGGUUCUUUGUGACGGCAUGGCAGUGUUACGCCACCAGCAGGGGUGGGUGUCGGAUGACUGCAAAUUACACAGGAUUAAAUCUGGACAGGGUGGGGUGUUAGGUUUCUGUGGCAGUUAAACGCUACACUGCGCCCUCGCCCCUUUCAAAAAUGCAGCCGGUUACACGUUCAACUGGCCGACCUCCGCAUUUUUCAGGUCCCAAAGCUCGUAAAACAAGGGCAAUGAUUAAGAGGUCUGGUGUUCAUUUUCAUAGGCAUGGCUCGCUUUCUUUUAUUUUGGCUACUUUUAUUACCUACUUGGAGGAAGUGUGUAUUUGUGGAAGACUAAACUGCAUACGCUUAAAGUCAGAAGUUCCAAGAACAGUCACCCAUAAACCAUCAUUCUGAAAUACCUCCUUACAUAAAGCCAUUUGGCCCUGACUUGCUGUAACACCACACAGGCAUUCUUGAUGGCAAAAUCCUGUAAUAUUAUUUAUACUUUAUGAGUUGACUGGGAGGUAUAUUGAGUCUGUGUACAAAUAGGUACAGUUAUUACUGAAUCAUCCUGUUUUGGCUAUAGCAGUAGUGUGAGCACUUGGAGAUUACGCAAUGCUGAGGGUUGACAUUGUAACCCAGAACUCAAGUGGCUGACAUGGCACACAAACCUGUAAUUGUGAUGACUACUCAGAUGAUGACUCUUGCAGACAGACUGAUUUAUACCAAAACUGUCUGUCUCCUUCUCUUUGUCUCUCUGUCUCUAUGUCUCUAUGUCUCUAUGUCUCUCUGUCUCUCUGUCUCUAUGUCUCUCUGUCUCUAUGUCUCUCUGUCUCUAUGUCUCUAUGUCUCUAUGUCUCUAUGUCUCUAUGUCUCUAUGUCUCUAUGUCUCUGUCUCUGUCUCUGUCUCUGUCUCUGUCUCUCUCUCUCUCUCUCUCUCUCUCUCUCUCUCUCUCUCUCUCUCUCUCUCUCUCUCUUAUUUAUCUCUCUCUCUCUCUCUCUCUCUCUCUCUCUCUCUCUCUCUUAUUUCUCUCCCUCUCCCCCCUCCCUCUGGCAGGCUCAAAGAAGUUGGAGUAUGAGGGCUCUGCAUGGCACGAGAACUGCUUUGUGUGCCAUGGCUGUGAGAAGCCCAUCGGUGCCCAGUCCUUCAUCCCAGACAAAGACCACUACUACUGUGUACCGUGCUACGAGGGCAGGUUCGCACCGCAAUGCAGCCACUGCAAAAAGGUGAACCAGGGUCUCCUCAAAUCAACUGCUAUCCUUCAUCAUCCUCUCCCUGUCACUGUUAUUGACAUGUUCACAGUAGUAGAUAGGUUCCUUGUGAAAAACACUUGCUAGAUCAAGUGGGUGGUUGAUGGGCAUGUCUCCUCCGUAGGCGCUGGCGACAGGGGGUGUGAGCUACAAGGAUGAGACGUGGCACAAAGAGUGUUUCGUGUGCACGGGAUGCAAGAUCCCACUGGCCGGCCAGCCCUUCACCUCCCAGGGAGACACGCCCUACUGCGUCAAGUGCUUCAGCAGCAUCUACGCACAGAAGUGUGCCUCCUGUAACUCGCCCAUCACAGGUUAGUACAUUCUCCAUUUGACUCGAUAAUAUGGGUUGAUUUGAAACACUGUCUGUGUCCCAAAUUGCACUUUAUAUUGCACUACUUUUGUCCAGGGCCCAUAGAGCUCUGUUCAAAAUGAGUGCACCAUAGAGGUAAUAGAGUGCCAUUUGGCACGCACACAAUGUCUUCCCCAUUAUACCACUUUGUACCAUCUCAGCCUAAUGCCAGAGCACAGACAUACUGUAAAUAUACUAGUAAAGCCUGCGGCUAUGUUUAGAAUGCCAAUGUUUCAAUUAAACACAGGGACCUCAGAGAACUGACAGAUCCUCAGCAGGGCUAUUAUUGUAGCCAACCAUAGAAUAACCCACAGAACUUAAUGUUCAGAAUGUAAUUUUUUUUUGUGUUGUGUAAUGUCUCUCUUAUGGCCCACCUGUCAAUCCAGGUGAGAGUCAAAGGUCUCUCUGCAGACGUAGACCAUGUCCCAAAUGGCACCCUAUUCACUUUAUAGUGCACUACCUUUGACCAGGGCCUAUAGGGCUAUAUAGGAAAUAGGGUGCCAUUUGAGACGUAACCGUAUUCUGUUAUAGAUGCUAACGAGUGUGUUUUAUUUCCCUCCAGGGUUUGGCGAGGGGAAGUAUAUUUCUUUCCAGGAUCGUCAAUGGCACCAGCCCUGCUUCAAGUGCUCCCGCUGCUCCGUCUCUCUGGUUGGGGCCGGCUUCUUCCCCGACCGAGACCAGAUCCUGUGUGGAGACUGCAACAACGACCAAGAAGACCAAUGA